AUGCAGUCCACCCUCAGUUUCGGGUUGGUUGGCGUGGUCUUACUCACGUUGGCUACGCCUACACUGGCGUUCUCCCGCGGUGCUAGCAAAGCCUCCUGCCAUGAAAUGGUUCCAGGCCACAUCCGCGCUCAACCUCAGGACCCGCAGCACAGCCACGUCACCCUGCGCACAUCUGCCUCUUCUUACCUGCCUGGACAGCUAGUAACAGUAACUGUCCGAAGCUCUCGAAACUUCAUGGGUUUCCUGCUCCAGGCUCGCAGGGUGGAGGGUGCCGGGUUCAGGGCUGAUGUCCGGCCAAAGGUUGGGGUCAGGUUUAAGAGAUUGGGCCAGGUGCUGGAUGGUGGUUCCUGGGCCCUCACUCCCCCAAGCACACACGUGCUUCGCUGCUUCUCUGAGGGUGACACCCUUACUCAUUCUGACAAACAGCUGAAGAGAAACCUCUCGUUUGUUUGGAAGGCUCCCGAUGCACCCAUUGGAGAUGUUAAAUUCUAUAUCACAGUGGUGCAGUCUUACUUUGUAUACUGGGCGGGAAUUGAGUCUAAAGUGGUGCGUGAUGGGAGCCGUAGUCCUUGGAAUGGAAGUAGCAUCACAGGAAUGGACGGAGGGAAUUUCAAUUUUGCACAGCAGGAAGAAGAAGUUACUACUCUGCCAGCUCUCCAAGUCCAUGGAACAUCAAACAACCAAACAAAUGAGACAACCAGCCCUGCUACUACCCUAAGGCCCCCCACAUUAACAACCAAUAACAAAUCUGAGGAACCACUAACAGAAGCAACUCAGCCAGUCUUGGAGAUGAAAUUUCCCGUAACUUUGGCGUCACUACGAGUUGACCAUCCCUCAAAUCAGGAGAUCACUGAAAACAACAUCGCUUUGACUUCUGCAUCUCUUCAAAAUGCAAACAAAGACAGUGACACUGACAUCGACGCAUCUUCAGGAUCCCUCUCAAGAGUAACUGAAAAGGCAGGUACUAACACAGAAAGGCCUGUUACUACCUUAGGGUUAUCCACGAUAACAAAAAGAGGAACCCUAAGUUUUAAAUCUAAGGAAGGACUUAGAGAAGCCCUUCUUCCGGACCUGGAGGUAAAAAGUUCUGCUACUUUGGCAUACCUUGGUGUUGACCACCUCACAAAUACAGAAGCUAAUGAAAGGAGCACACCUAAGAAUUUAGGAUUACUUGGAAAACUAAGCACAGAAAGCGAGACUGGCACAUAUGCAACUUCAGAAUCCCUUUCAGGUGUGACUGAGGAGGCAGAGACUGACGAAGGAAGCCCUGUUACUACCCUAGGGCCUUACUACCCUAGCAGCAAUUCACAGGACAAACGUAUAGUUGUCACUAGUCCAGUCUUUGAGAUUAACAAUUCAGCAACUUCAGCAACACUUAGAGUUGACUUGUUGACAAAUCAGGCUGUCACUGAAAGGAAACCCCCCAUGUACUUAGGAUCUCUUCUAAAUUCUAGCAAAGGAAUUGCUCCUGACCCCUUUUCAACAUCAGGAUCACUCUCAAGUGUGACUAAAGAGACAGGCACUGACACAGGAAACUUUAUUACUCAGACUGAUGACCCCAAGAAUUCUCUUUUCCCAUUCAACCACCUUUCAUUCACAGCCUCUUUAUCCUCAGCUGAGGGUGGAGGGACGGAAGGUACGACCACAUCUUUGCCCAACAACACAGAACAAAAUUCAACCAACCCUCUUCCAAAUGCUUCCCCCACCCCACUUAAGAAUGGUGAUAUUGAAAGACAAGGGACAUACUUAAAUGAUCCAACAGAGCCAACUGUUACUAAAACAAAAGAUACAGUAUUUAAUCCUCAGACCAACACCACAGUUAAACCUUUAACCAAUUAUAACUUUCAUGUCUCAAAUCCUCCAAGAUCAACAUCCCAGAAUCCAACAAAAGCAAUCAAAGACAAAACUAGUUCAGUUAAAUUCAAGACCCAGAGUACUUCCUCUCAGCCUUCAAAGAUCAACAUAUCUGAGACUAUUAUAGAUCAACCUAGGUAUGAAAUGGGUAGCCAAUCCAUGCCCCAGCACCAACAUUUUUUUGUGUUUAACUCUGAGACUUCUUCAGCCAACCCUUUUCAUCAGGAUCAAACUUCUACAUCCAAACCUCUUCUCCAAACCCAAACUGGUACCAGUCAAAACAUUUCCUACUACAAGGCAUUAACUAACACUAUUCUCCAAUCAAAAUCUCCUUCCUUUCAGUCCACUCUCCGGGUCCACACAACAGAAUCUUUUACCCAGGGGAAAACUCACCAGUUCUUUCCCAACAAAAACCUGAAUGCUCAAUCACCCUUUGAGCCUGUGAGUAAUUCAUCCAAUCAUCAAUCUGAAAGUAGCCCAUCUGUAUCCGAAAUUACCCAAAGCCAAACCAAUCCACCUCACAUUCAGUCUGAAACAAGUACACCUCUAAACAGCACUCCUGAACUUCAACCUUUGAGCAGUUUUCCUCAUGCUGUUCCCCAAACAAACCCAACUCCAACCAAGGGUCAAGCUGACAUUUCUCAGACAGACCAGUCCCAAUCUGACAAAACACACAAAGCCUUAAGUAGCUCCCCACAACCAUUGUCCCAGCCCAAUUCUCCAACGGGUGCACUGAAAGUACCUACCAAAGAGUGGACCCAAACUCCAUCCUCUGUAACUCCUCAGCCCUUUAUGUCAAGGGUUGACCCAACCUUCACAAUUGGUGAGCGUGAAGACGUCAAACAUCCUCAGUCUAAGACAAAGAUCAAAACCAUGAGUCCAAUCUUUGCCUCUAAUUCCCCCAACAAUCCUUUUCCAGUUUCAGUGUCUACCCACCGUAGUCCCAAUACUCCUGGUUCAACCCAGAGAUCCCCACAGUCUUCUCCCACCCAAGAAUCUAUCUUACCUUCUCCCUCUUCAACUGCCAUGCAAAACCAACCAAAAACAGCUCCUUCCCUUUCUGCCCCCCCAUCUCCUUCUCCAAUCUCCAUUCCUCCCCAUUUUACCUCCGUGCAACCUUCCUCUCCUUCUUCUAUGCCACCCUCUUUCAGUACGUCUGCUAUACCUUCCUCAAAGUCCUCCAAUAAUCCAUCACCUAUAGCAGAUUUAACUGCCUCUGCCUCUUCUCUCUCAACCUCAAACACAGGUUUGACCUUUUCAUCUUCAUCUUCUUCCACCAUCUCCCCAGACAUAUCCUCCUCCUCUGCCAUUGGCUCAUUACAUUCCUCCAUUUCUCCUUCUUCCUCAACCCUGACUACUUCUCGAUCAACAGCUUCUUUUCUGGGUUUCCCACCUUCCUCCAACUCAUCUGCAACCCCAUCUUCUUUAGAAUCCGCCCAGACUACCACCCCUCACCCAGGACCUUCUCCAGCCCCCCGACGGUCCCUCGCAUCAACCUCCACCCCUGUGCCUUCUCAACAUCUCACCCUGGGCAAGAAGUUACGAAUCCAGAACCAUAUUUCAUCAUCUUAUUCUGAUCCCAAUCUCAACCAACCAACCCCUAGAACGGUGGUACACCCAAAUCCUGAACCCCAUCCAAACCAGGAUCCAAAUGUCAAACAAAAUUUUGGCCGCAAGUUAAAACCAAACAUUCCCAAAGCCGAUACCAGACCAAAAGCCCCCUUGAAUCCCUCUAUUGCUCCAGGAAAGGAGGGGAAGUAUCCAGACAUUAUACCCAGACACACUGCCUGGGAAUUGGGCAUGCUUCUGGGCUGCUCAGCUGGCUUGGGAAUGGUCCUUGUGGUUGGGGUAAGGUACAUAUACCGUCAGGCCUGUGGUAAACGGACAGAGGUGUCAUUUAACGACAGGGAGAGAGAGUAUAGUAGAGGAGAGAGAGGCCUGAUCCAUGUCCAGGAGUGUGGAGAUUUGGUGAGAGUUCAGAGAAUCAGAGACAACAGUUUUGUUCUUCUGGCAGAGUAUGAUUUAUUGGCCUCGCCUGGAGACUGAAAUACAGACUACUUAAAGAAACAAAGCUAGUCUUGAUACCAGGGCUAACGGAAUAAAGAAUCAAUUAGCUUAAUGCUUAAUGAGGGCAAUGUUGGUUGGCUGUUGUUGUGGUUCAAAUAAGUUAUUAUUUGUGGCCAUUCAGACUCACUAGGUAGCCAGUCUUUUUUGUGAAGAGUUACGCUAAAAAACCCAGAUAAAAAGAUCUUUGGUACCUGUAAAAGUAUCUUUGGAUCAGGGUAAGUUGACACACACCAUUUGGUGGGAGCCAUUUUUGAUAAACUCUCAGUAUAUCUCAGAAAAAUAGAAUCAUGCAUUAACAAAAAAAAUACGGCUAGAAACCCAAGGACUGUCAGGCCAGUUCUAUUUCAGGACUAGGUGAUACAAUCCCUUGCAACCUGCAUUAAACCUAAGAUGAUGUGAGUGGGGAUGAUCGUGCCU